AUGGAGAAGCAAAAAGAAAACUUUACGAAAGAGCUUGAUUUUGUUUGUGCUGGUGUGGUAUGCUAUACAUUUUUGCUACUGUAUUAUUUGAGUAUAAUACCAACUGCUUCUACCACCGGAGAUUCUAUAGAAAAUAAGUCGACUACACCUGAGAAAGUUGUUGUUGUUGCUACUAAUGUCAAUUGGAGAAAUUAUUUAAAAUAUCCAGAAGAAGCUAAACUAUCAGCAGAGGCAAAGGAUCUUAUUAGUAGACUUCUAUGUAAUGUGGAACAUAGGCUUAGAACCAGAGGGGCUGGCGUCAUUUGCAAUGUGAAGAUAGUUGUGCACAGUGUGUAUUUACCAUUUCCGCAUAUCAAUCAUGUUGCGGCUGUUAUAACUAUCUUAGGAGGUGAAGGACAAGGAGCAUCGGAAGGAGCGACUACUAUAUCAGAUGCUGCAGGUUUGGUGUCAGAUGAAACAUGUUCUGCUCUUGAUGGACGUGGAGGUUGUGUUGCUGGCUUCACUACUGCAGGUAUGUUUCCCAUGCCUCAGGUCGAGCCAAUGGUGGAGAUUGAAGAUCAUCAUGCCUGUUGA